AGAUUGUGAAAAUUUAGAGAAAGGUCAUGGUCACGUUGUCGCGGAAAAUGUUCAACUAAGACAAUUAAAGCUUUAAAAUGGAUCUAGCUAAGAGCAUUUUAGGCGUUCAUGCUCCAGAAGGGUACAGUUCAAAACGUCUACAACGUGAGUUUUAAUCAUUUAUUAGAUUAAAAUUGAUAAGAUCAUUUAAAGUUAAGUGUAUAUAAAUAGAAGUAUGACAGCUGUUGUUACCGUCAGCUAAACACAUUGAAGCCAUGUAAUAAUCGAUCAUAUUUUAGCCUCAGCGACUAGCGAAUCUUAUUAAAAGUGCAAUGACUCUAAGAUACUUAAUUGAAGUGACGAACUGAUACAGAUCUAGUUCAUUUUCAAAACUCAACUUGUUUACUUUAGAAAUUUUCACAUUAUCCUCUAUUUUCUAAAAGAAGAACACGUUAUUUUUAUUAAUGACCGGAAAUAAACAAGAAUAUAAUAUUCUACAGUCCGAAACUUUAUCCGAAGACGAAGAUGAAGGAACUAUAGUGACAGGAGAUGGAAUAAGUGUGUCUGCUCCUUUACAGUAUGAGGGCUCCGACGGAUUUGUACCAACACCUGGGGGACCAUUCUCAGCUCUCACAGCAUCUAUGUGGCCACAGGAUAUACUAUCUAGAUUAAAUAAUACUCCUGAAGAUGCAUCGGGUCAACUCGAUUAUAGAUAUGACGAAUUUGGAUUUAAAGUUGAAGAAGAAGACGGUCCUGAGCAGAAUUCAAGUAAACUUUUAAGUACACCUUUUAUAGAAGAUUCUCAACAACGUUUAAAGUGGACGGCCUAUUUAGAAUUUACGCAUAAUGAAAUUGGAGAUUUAACUUGGGAUAAAGUUGAAAAACGCCUACCUCGCUCUGAAAAGUUAAGGGGUAUGGUUAAACAGGGUAUACCUCAUUCAAUGAGACCUCAAAUAUGGAUGAGGUUAACUGGAGCCUUAGAUAGAAAAUUAAAGCCGGAAACUUCCUAUAAAGAUAUGGUCAAAGCCAGUUCAAUUGAUCAUUUAGUGACUUCAAAGCAAAUUGAAAAGGAUCUUUUAAGGACAAUGCCGAAUUGUGCCUGUUUCAGCAAUAUAAAUAGUACAGGGAUACCUAGAUUAAGGCGUAUAUUACGUUGUAUUGCCUGGUUAUAUCCAGAUAUUGGCUAUUGCCAAGGCACAGGAAUGAUAGCCGCUUGUUUAUUAUUGUUUAUGGAAGAGGAAGACGCUUUCUGGAUGAUGUGUUCUAUAAUUGAAGAUUUAUUACCCGCUUCAUAUUUUUCAAGUUCACUUAUUGGCGUUCAAGCUGAUCAAAGAGUUUUGAGGCAAUUAAUAGUUACAUAUUUACCCGAAAUUGACGAAGCAUUCAAAAGUCAUGACAUAGAAGUUUCAUUAAUCUGUUUACAUUGGUUCCUAACUGCUUUUGCAAGUGUUGUACAUAUUAAAGUUCUUCUACGAUUAUGGGAUUUAUUUUUUUACGAAGGAUCUACUGUUCUUUUCCAAGCCACUAUUGGAAUGUUAAAAUUAAAGGAGGAUGAAUUAAUAUCUUUCGAAAAUUCAGCUCAAAUAUUCAAUUCGUUAUCAGAUGCUCCUGGUGACGUUCAAGACGUUGAUGAAUUAUUAGAUGUUACCUUUAAAAUUUCCGGCUCCCUAUCAGAUGUCAUUAUUGAUACUCAUAGAAGGAAACACUUGGCCUAUCUUAUGGCCGAUCAAGGUGCCAUUGUGAAUCCUGAGUCAAUGAAGAAUCUUCCAAAACAGAGAUUAAAUAAAAGACAACUAAAAAGGUCAAGGUCAUUAGUUUCGCUUCUACUAGGAUCAGGAACUGAAGAAGAAAUACAGAAAGCGAAGAAUAUUCAACAAACGGAAUUAAUGGUCAAUCUUCGAGAUGCAAUUUCACAAGUUGGCCGCCAUUUUCAGUCCUUGGAUCCGAAAAAUAACUUGCAAGCCGAUUAUACAAUGGAUAGUCAUGCAAAAGAUCUUGAAAAUUAUGCAAAUGUAGCACGAAAUAGACGGCGUCGAGCAAAAGCUUUAUUAGACUUUGAAAGACACGACGAUGAUGAAUUAGGAUUCAGAAAAAAUGAUAUAAUUACAAUUAUCUCCCAAAGAGACGAACAUUGUUGGAUAGGAGAAUUAAAUGGACUUCGUGGCUGGUUUCCUGCAAAGUUCGUUGAGUUACUAGAUGAACGAAGUAAAAGUUAUUCUUGCGCCGGCGACGACACAGUAACAGAGGCAAUCACUGAUUUAGUUAGAGGAGUAUUAUGUCCUGCUAUUAAAGCUAUAUUUGAGCAUGGAUUAAAAAAAUCGUACAUAUUAGCCGGUCCAGGUCAUCCAUGGUUAUUUGUAGAAGAGGCUGCUACUAAAGAAGUUGAAAAAGAUUUUCAAAGUGUAUACUCAAGACUAGUCCUAUGCAAAACAUAUAGAUUAGAUGAAGAUGGAAAAGUUUUAACUCCUGAAGAAUUAUUAUAUAAAGCUGUUCAAGGAGUGAAUCUAACUCAUGAUGUAGCACAUGCUCAAAUGGACGUAAAAUUUCGAUCGUUAAUCUGCUGCGGAUUAAAUGAACAAGUCUUGCAUCUCUGGCUGGAGACUCUUUGUUCAUGUACGGAGAUAAUAGAAAAAUACUAUUAUCCAUGGUCUUUUAUGAGAAGUCCUGGAUGGGUGCAAAUUAAGUGCGAAUUACGGGUACUUGCCAACUUACCAUUUGCCCUAUCUGAAGAUUGCGAACUUUCGGCACGUAAAAACAUCCAAAAACGUAUGCGCGAAAUCAAGGCGGGAGUUUUUGAUAUGCUUGUUAAACAUCAUCUCUUUAGCUGGGAUAUUUAG